AUGGCUUGGUUUUUUGCCUUCCCAACACCCCAGGAACGGGUGCUAUGGCGCAUGAGUGCCGUCGCUAUAACUGGCACGCCCUGGAUUGGUUUACUCGCUGCACCGCUCCUUACAGCUCUGGGCACACCACUUCUAAUAUUCAUCCUGCUCUAUGCAUUAUGUAUCAUGUUGUAUAUCACGUCUCGUGCCGUUCUCUUGGUACUUAUGUUUACCACUUUACGCCAUCUUCCUCUUGACGCAUACAAAGCGGUGUCGUGGACCAGUUUGGUGCCGCACUUAG